AUGGCUGUGAUUCAAAGGACUGAGUGCCGGGGGCUGAGUAUACGACUUCUGAGACAGGGUAUCAUCUGGGGGCUGCUGCUAGGGGCGGCGCGGUGCGGGCCCCCGGGCUGCGAGCAGGCGAAGAAAGACGCGGAGGCGGCAAGUCUUCCGGGAACGUGGCUGCAAGACAAGCCAGGGGGGGAAACAUGCGGCAGUAACUCCUGUUGUUCAAAAGAUGCCGAGCAAGAAAUGUACAUCCAAAGCAGACGCCACCUCGACCACUUCCUCAAAGACUCCAUCACCAAACUCUCGUCGUUAAUCGACACCCGGGCCAAAAAAUUCGACGGUCAAUUCCGUGACAUGAUGAACACCUCCAAGAUCGAAUUCCACGAGAUGUUCCAGAAAACCUACGGUAAAAUCUACCUGCAGAACUCGGACGUGUUCAGCGACUUCUUCAAAGAGCUCGAGGCGUACUACAAGAAGGGCUCCACCCGGCUGUCCGACACACUCGAAGCCUUCUUCGUCGUGCUGUACCAGCGCAUGUUCACGGUGAUCAACGCCCAGUAUUCCUUCGACGAGAAGUACCUCGACUGCGUCUCGGGCCACAUGGACGACCUCAAGCCCUUCGGCGACGUGCCGCGCAAGUUCACCCUCCAGCUGAAGAGGUCGUUCAUCGCCACCAGGACGUACCAUAAAGCCUUGUCGACGGCGGCGGAAGCCGCGAGGAAGCUCGUCAAUGUGGGGAUCGACAAGGAGUGCGAGAAGGAAGUCGUGCGAAUGCGGUAUUGUGGAAGUUGUAGUGGGCUGCGGGGGAUGGGGACCUGCUCGAAUUACUGCUCGACGGUGUUGCAGGGGUGCUUGAGGCACCACGUGGCUUUUAGUGCGGAGUGGGAUAACUUUGUAGAUGCGCUCGACAAGGUCGCCGACCGCCUCGUCGGUCCCUACAACAUCGAAAUCGUCGUGGAGCCCCUCAACAUCAAGAUCUCCGAAGCCAUCAUGAACUUCCAAGAGAGCGGCACCGAAGUCUCGCAGAAGAUCUACACUUAUUGCGGCAAACCAGCUCUGAACCGACGAAAAAGGAAAACGAAAUUCAGCGACGACGAGCUCGAGGACAACGCCGCCUACGAGGUGAAAUACUCCCCGUUGAAGAAGGUGGGCCACAAGAAGAAGAAAAACAAGAAGCACGAAGAGGAGGACGAAGGACCGAGCUUGGAGAGACUCAUCAAAGACAUCAAGACGAAGGUCCGCGAGACGCGCCAGUUCUGGGCCAACUUGCCCUACCAGUUCUGCAACAACCUCACGGCGCCCCCCAGCGCCAACGGCAAGUGCUGGAACGGCACCGCCAUCGGCGACUACGAGCCCCCCGGCAAGCCGCCGGCCGGCAACUCGUCCGUCGUCAAGGACCAGAUCUACGUGCUGCAGCUGUUCACCGACCAGCUGCGCAAAGCCUACCACGGCGACGAAGUAGAGUUUUUUGAUGACGACACCGAGGACACGCUCGACGGCUCGGGCUCCGGCUCCGGCGACUUCGAGAUCGACAGCGCCGAGAGCGAGGAGCCCAAGCUCGUGCCCAAAGUCGAGGACGAGUUCGAGGCCAUCGACGAGGUGCCGGGGCCGCAGCCGCCCCCCAGCACGGCGGCGCCCGACGCGCCGCGGGCGGCCGGGGGCGCCGCCACCAUGUCGCUCAACCGCGCGCUGGCGCAGUUCCUGCUGCCCAUCGUGCUGGUCUGGUUCGGGGGUGCCAUAUCGGACUUGCUGUGAUAAGUUGUAAAUAAGUGAGAGGGCCAAGUGAGAGACUCGACGCUUGACUUUUUGUGUACAUGUUUUGUAACAUUUUCCAUGUAAUGUGAAGUUUAGAUGUAUUUAUAUUAACAGAAAAAGAAAAUAUACGAGAUACAUUUUU